UGGAUCUGACGACUCUGUCACCCUGCUCAGUUCAGCAAUGGCUCUGUGCUUGGGGCAGGUUUUCAGCAAAGACAAAACAUUCCGGCCUCGAAAGCGAUUUGAACCUGGAACCCAGCGCUUUGAGCUGUACAAAAGAGCCCAAGCGUCUCUGAAAUCAGGUCUGGACCUGAGGAAAGUGGUGCAGCUGCCGGACGGGGAGAACAUUAAUGACUGGAUAGCUGUGCAUGUGGUGGAUUUCUUCAAUCGAAUAAACCUCAUCUACGGGACCGUGAGCGAGUUCUGCACUGAGAAGAGCUGUCCCAUCAUGUCUGGAGGGCCACGUUAUGAAUACAGGUGGCAGGAUGGGGAUCAAUACAAGAGGCCCACCAAACUGCCUGCUCUUAUAUACAUGAACCUCCUGAUGAACUGGAUCGAGUCCCUCAUCAACAAUGAGGACAUCUUUCCUACACGAGUAGGAGUCCCUUUUCCAAAGAACUUUCAGCAGGUGUGCAAGAAGAUACUGAGCCGCUUGUUUCGAGUGUUUGUACACGUGUACAUCCAUCACUUUGACAUGAUCUGUAGUAUGGGAGCUGAGGCCCACAUCAACACCUGCUACAAACACUACUACUACUUCAUCUCUGAGUUCAGCCUCAUCGACCACUCGGAGCUGGAGCCUCUUGUGAGAGCGCUGUGCUUUCAUAACUGUGGCCACAUACACACUGCAGCUAAAUGCAUCUUCAUCUUCACCUUUUAGUGCUUAAUCCUGUUCUGUACACGGACGGUUCAGUAAUUUACGGGAGUGACAAUUAAAAAAGGUUUGACUGCAGAAAAAGUCAGGUAGUGGCAACCGCAUUUACAGAAAUUCUAUGCAAUGUGUACAGAACCGAACUUGAUGUAUUUAAAUGCAUAUCAGAGUUGCGGUGCAAGUAAUCACAGGGAAGGAGGUACAGCUUGACUCUGUGUUGCCAGUGUUAUCUUGUAAAUAAGCACAUACCAAAAUAUCAUGACCUACACCUGCCUACAUUGUUAUCUCUAAAAAUGAGCUGAGCCCAAACAACAAGGCCUAGAACACUUAGGCCCAAUCCCAACUCUACCCCUUAGCCCUUCCCAUUUCCUUCACGUG